AUGCCGGCCGAAAACGAAGUUGCCGAAACCAUCGAUUCCGACAUUUGGAACCGGCCCCAGCCCACUCCAGCCGAUGAAAUCCAACCGCGGGGAGCAAGUCUUGAUAAUGAUCGCGGACGCGGGAACUAUUUCCCAUCCAACCUGACUCACGAAGCUACGCCCCCCGUAAGGCCAGCCCAUCGCUUGAUGCGCCUACAAACCUUUUCGCUCUCUGAAUUAAAUCCUCCAAAAUCACCUGAACGUGACCGACCCCUCUACUCCCUCGGGAGACCUUUUCCCGAGCCCGCCUCCGCACUCCGACGCAGGUCCCCAACUAAGCUCCUUGGGGACAUUGCAGCGCAGAUGAAUCUGCAGACCAAUUCUUUGAAAAAUUUUCCCAUCUCCACCACUCGGCAGCCGGAGUCUAGGGCGGAAUUGGCUGGCGGAUCGGUGACCCAAACUGGGAUGCACAUUUUGCGGUUGGGCGAUCUCUCUGAAGACCAAUACAUAGUGGCUACCCCCGAGUUACUCCGAAGCUUUCUAGAGGAAACCCGGAAUUCUGAAUCUCGAAGAGUCCGUAUGAGCUUUGGUGGGGAUGAGCGUAGGCACUCGAGAGGAACGCAGGGCAGCCAACGCAGACAUACGACCGACGAGUAUCAAGACACCGGUCCCAAAAACGAAUUCAUCGGCAAACCAGACCUGAGCGAAUCGACUGCCGUUGAACAAAACGAGAAAGAGGAUGCUCCAGUGAGCCCGAAAAGUUAUCGCUCCAGUAAUGCUAGCUAUAUCAGAGGCGCAGGAAUACUACCUGGCACAAUAGCUCGAGAUCCACCGGAAAACCCAACAUACUCAAGCCGUUAUCGAAGGUUUAAAUCCAUGAUACGUGAACCCGCGGCGGAAGCAUUGGCUUCGUUCUUACUGGCGGUAUUCAGCGGCGGAGCUUCAACACAGGUCUAUUUGACUGCCAACAGUGCGAUAUCGGCCUCUCCGAAAGGGGACUACGCGACACAAUGUAUUGGGUCUGCAAUUGCUGUGAUGAUAGGGGUGUAUGUUGCCGGUGGAAUAUCUGGAGGCCAUCUCAACCCGACAGUGACCAUUUCACUGGCAGUUUUCAGAGAAUUUCCUUGGCAGAAAGUCAUUCCAUAUUGCACGGCUCAGGUUUUUGGUGGCUUGAUGGGUUCCUUGACCAUCCAAUUGAUAUACGCCGGUGGACUAGACGUAUACGAAGGUGGAGAGGGUAUUCGGACUAUCAGUGGCCCAUCUUCUACGGCUGGGUUUUUCCUAAGUUACCCAGCUCCAUACAUGUCCAAUUUUUGCAGUUUCUUCCAGCAGUUUCUCGAUUCGACCAUCGUCCUGCUAUUCAUCAUGGCCAUUGGUGAUCGGACAAACUCUCCCCCACCUGAUGGCAUUAGCCCAAUCGUCUUCAUGUGUGUUGUGAUCGGCGUCGCUUUUGCGCUGGGCUCGCAGACAUCUUAUGCUCUCAAUCCAGCGUUGGACCUUGCAAGUCGUAUUGUGGUUACCUGCAUGGGAUAUGGAACGUCUCACUGGUCUUUCAGAGAUCAGUAUUGGAUAUGGAAUAAUUGGGUGUCGAAUCUUUUGGGGGCAUUAUUUGGAUGUUUUUUGUAUGACUUCUUUAUCUAUGAGGGUGACGAUUCUCCCCUUAAUCGACCGUGGUCCUGGAAUUGUCCCCUCAGCCUACCCCGGUCUUGGAAUUGGUCCCUUCCUUCAAUUCGGCGUAGAAAACCCUCAGAAGAAAAACCGGCUGUGGUAGGAAAUGGGGAGCAUUACGUGUAA